UCUCAAGUCCUGUUUGGAUGUGUUUUUUCACGAAAGUGGUAGCCUCCGAGGACGAUGGCUACUGCAGUUUUGAGAACUGUUCUGCGAAAAUCUGCAGGAUUUUCAGCAGACAGUAUUAAUAUUUUACAACAUGGAACACCCACUUUUUUACUCAGCAAACGAAAUGCUGGGGACCAGUGGUUUCCGGAUUAUGAAUAUCUUAAAUCAAUUGAUGGUCCAAUUUGUUACACAACAAUGCCAUCAAAUUGGAAACCACCGAUAGUGAAUCCAGUUUCAAAGCCAUGUGAGAAUAAAAUAAGUAAUAUUAAAAUGAAUUUUGGCCCUCAACAUCCAGCUGCCCACGGUGUAUUGCGUUUAGUAAUGGAAUUAGAGGGUGAAAUUUGUCGAAGUGCCGAUCCUCAUAUUGGUCUAUUGCAUCGUGGAACUGAGAAACUUAUCGAAUAUAAAACAUAUAUGCAAGCAUUGCCAUAUUUCGAUCGUUUGGAUUACGUUUCAAUGAUGUGUAACGAGCAAUGUUUCUCAAUGGCCGUCGAGAAACUUUUGAAUAUUGAAGUUCCACUGCGCGCAAAAUACAUACGAACGCUUUUCGCUGAAAUUACACGUAUAUUAAAUCAUAUAAUGGGAAUUGGCACACACGCCUUGGACGUUGGAGCGAUCACGCCAUUUUUUUGGCUAUUCGAAGAACGUGAGAAAUUAAUGGAAUUUUAUGAGCGAGUCAGUGGUGCGCGUAUGCACGCGGCAUACAUUCGUCCUGGUGGUGUUGCACUCGAUUUGCCACUUGGUUUAAUGGACGACAUUCACGAUUGGGCCUCAAAAUAUGCGGAACGUAUCGAUGAAGUUGAAGAUAUGCUCACAGACUCGAGAAUUUGGAUUCAAAGAACUAAAGAUAUUGGCGUUAUUACAGCGCAAGAUGCAUUAAAUCUUGGCUUUAGCGGUGUUAUGCUCCGCGGUUCUGGUAUUAAAUGGGAUUUGAGAAAAACUCAACCCUAUGACGCUUAUGAUUUAGUCGAAUUCGACGUACCGGUUGGCGCCAAUGGCGACUGCUAUGAUAGAUAUCUGAUUCGUUUGGAGGAAAUGCGUCAAUCGUUGAGAAUAAUAUUGCAAUGCUUAAAUCAAAUGCCCGCUGGCGAGGUGAGAGUUGACGACGCAAAAAUAAUGCCACCAAGUCGAAAGGAAAUGAAGGAGAGUAUGGAGGCGUUAAUUCAUCAUUUUAAGUUAUUCACGCAGGGCUUUCAAGUGCCACCUGGUGCAACGUACACGGCCAUUGAAGCGCCAAAAGGUGAAUUUGGCGUCUAUCUUGUCAGUGAUGGCAGCAGUAAACCAUAUAGAUGUAAAAUAAAAGCACCAGGUUUCGCUCAUUUGGCAUGUCUCGAGAAAAUUGGACCUGGACAUUUUCUUGCUGAUAUUGUCGCAAUAAUUGGUACACUAGACGUUGUUUUCGGUGAAAUCGAUCGAUAGACUGAUAAUGAAAUACAGUAAGUCACAUCAGUUCUAUGAUGAGAAAUCAUUUGUAUAGUAGAAAGAGAAAAAAAAAAGAAAACGAAAACUUGUACUGUUAAAUAAAAUAAUUACAGUGGUUAAUUAAUGAAACAAAAAUAAUAAUUAUAUAAAAAUAACAUCAUUUUUUUGAUUAUAAUUUAAAAAAAAGAAGCAUAUUUCUAUCUUAUAUGAAUUGGUAUUUAAAUUUUUCGUUUUACAUAUAUUAUAUAUAUAAUAAAUAUAAUUUAAAGAGAAAA